AUCGAAGACUUCAUUUCUGACAGAAUGACGAGAAUCGGUGCCUGUGAUUCUUUUGUAGACGAUCCGAGAUCGUAAAACAAAGAAGACUUGCAACUUGAGGUAGACAUUUCUCACAGAAGAUGGCAGCUGGAACCCCCAUGGUGAGCCUGUGGGUGAAGGCAGAACCCUUCAGCUAUGGAGCUCUGCCUGUGCCUCCCCAUCCACGAUUGUCUACAAACAAUCUGAAGAAAAUUGUUCCUUACUGUAAAACAAAAGGGAAAAAUGGUUUUCCUAGAAUGAAUUAUUCUGUGUGGAAACAUAUUGCUUGUAACAAGCUGCAGUUGACAGAAGAUCUAGCUUGGAUGUAUUUUACUGUGUGUCACCUGCUGAGUGAGGCCACCAGUGCUAGGGACCGUGCAGACUUUGACCUGAGGUUGGCCAGGUGUACAGUACAGGUGGAGAGAGAUGCCCUGAAGAACAGCCUGAGCGUGAGCACAUUCGUGUUUGUGUUGUAUCUCUACAUCCAGCAGCUCCACAAAGUCUCCCUGAAGGCGUCACUCUUGGCUGGAGAUGAAUGGCCACUACGUGCUCGCUCCCCUGACCUUGAAAACCGCACUGGUUCAUCAAGUUCUAAGACCCUGGAUGAACACUGCCACUUACAGUUUGUACAGACCCACAUACAGGAGAUUCUGGAGCUUCUUGUAGAACCUGAUGUGUACAAUUCAGCAAUCCUAGGUGACUUUGGAAUCACUGUGGAAGCGGUAGAAGCUCUGGACUUUUUGAUUGGAGCGUCAACUGACCGGGGCGGGAGCCUGCAGGCUUUACAUCAGGUAGCCAUGAUUCCACCUCUACAGAGCAAGUUUGGCUACUCCAAGCUGACUCGGCUAUUCUCUAUCCGUACACUGCAAAGCUGGAUAAGAGGCACAGUGUCCCAGAAUCCAUUUGGAAUCUCAGCCUGUAUCACCUCAGGAAAACGUCUUUCGUGGCCGGUGUCAGCUGAGGAGAGCAGGCCUGCAGACAAGGAGAGUGGGGAUGCUCACCGCAGUAAGAGAGGUAGGAUAGCCACAAACUCUCCAACCGUGCCUGAUGAUCAUGUUUUAGGAAACAAGAUCAUUAUUAUGAGUCAAGUCAGCAAGCAAACUAUUGGAAGGAGUUCCCGGACACUGGAAAACAGCAGUGUUAAGAUCCACCGAUGCCAUUACUCCUACCUGUAUUUGUUGUCUCCCCUUCGGUCUGUGACAAUUGAGAAGUGCCGACAUUCUGUCAUAGUUCUGGGUCCAGUGGAGACAACUAUUCACAUCAGUCACUGUGAACAGGUCACAGUUAUCUCCCCCUGCCGUAACAUUAUGAUUAGUGGUUCUACGCUAUGUGUGUUAUACCUGCUCACCCCACAGCGGCCCCUGAUUCUGGGAGGGAAUGACACUAUAUUGCUGGCUCCAUACCACACUUUUUAUCCUCAGCUGGAAAGUCACAUGGCCCAGGCGGGACUUGGGGAGGCCCGUAACCUGUGGGACCAGCCACUCUGUAUAGGUCCUGACCACAAAGAUGAAGUGCCAGUGUGGGAACUUCUACCUGUGGCUGAGUUCUUUACGUUCAACAUUCCAUUUGAAAUGGAGGGCACGACCCAGGCUAUACCUGGGGGACUGCCGAGUAAAUACCAGCGUAGCCUUAGCCAAAGACAGAAACAGAUCGACAACUGGCAAAAACUGGUGAAAGAGUCUGGCCUGAGCAGGAAGCAGAGAAAGGAAUUUCAGAAACUUGUGGAAACGAGGUUUCAUGCCUGGCUGGCAGAUACUGGUCAUAAGAGGGAAUUGGAUAGUUUGGUUGUGCCACUUCAGUCACAGUCUAAGAAACCCUAAAGCUUGUCUAGUCAUCAGUUAAUACUCCGCUCACUACAGUCCAAUUUCAUUCCAUUUUUUUUUUUCUCUCCGGGUAUACCAAAUAUUAAGUGCUGUUUUAGAUGGAAUAUAGUGCCAUCAAAUUAAAUGAUUUACAAUCUCAUUUAUUUCAGUAAAUGACCUAAAAUUUUGCUCAUUACUAAGUUGCAAAUUUUAUCUGAUUCUGAGAGUUCUCUGUGCCUUAAAAAUGUGUUUGGAAGGUAGAAUAGUAUCCUUCUUGACGAAUUUAGUUGUGAAGAGUAAUGUUUUCUAACAGUUAUUUGCCUUUAUGAAAGAACUUUCUUGGGGAAAAUUUUAGGUUGUUUAGGUACAUUAUAUAAUACAUAAGAAACAUUGUUACUGUACAGCACCUGUAUCUGAUUUCUAUACCAGCGAUUUCAGUCCCGACUGUACAGCACAUCUGCUUGUAUCUGGUAGCCAUGAUAUCUGUGCUCUUCAACUACCGUCCAUUUUAUUAUUGUCUUCAUUAUUUCUUGAGCAGAUAUUGUUGAAAUUGUAAUAAAGUCUGUGUAGUGUAAAUUCAUUCAGGUACUGAUUACUUUUAAAACUUGAAUACUCUUGAAGUUUCAUUGUGUGGCAGUGAGGUCUCGUGUAUAUAGUGUUCGCAGAAGACAAAAUACUCAGUGCUGUUUUGUAAGAAUUGGCUGAAAUGUCACAAUUGAUUGUGUCAGUGUCUUAACAAAAAAAAAAUGUCAAACCUUAACUAAUUU